CGUAAAUUAAACCAGCUUUACGGUAAGUAGUAUCGAGAGCGUGCCAGAAAAUAUCAAGAAAAACGCGAUAUUUCUACUGUGUAUCUUAAGUUGAUAGGAUACGAAGAUGAUCGAGGUUGUUUGCAACGAUCGCCUGGGCAAGAAAGUCCGGGUCAAGUGCAACUCUGAGGAUACAAUUGGAGAUCUGAAGAAGCUCAUUGCUGCCCAGACAGGAACACGGCACGACAAGAUUGUAUUAAAGAAAUGGUAUACCAUAUUCAAGGACCAUGUUUCUCUGGGUGACUAUGAAAUCCAUGAUGGGAUGAACCUGGAGCUGUACUACCAGUAGACUGGAGAAAGACCACAAGUCACGGCCAUGCAGGCAACGCUCUUACUUGUUAUAUACACACACAAAAUGGAUGGAAUCUUGCAGAAAACCACCAUGAUCAUACAUCUGAAAUGGAUGAGCGCAAGACAGACAUUGAUCUCAGUUUUAGCUUUUAAUUUUUGCCCACAAAUCAUUAUGUGAAACAUAUGUUAUUGUUCUACAAUUAUUUUUGUUUUGAUAUUUUGGAAGUAAAGCAGAUAUUUACAUACUCAAAA